GAUCUAUACUAGCCUAUUUACAGAAGACAGAAUGAACAAAUCCCCUUGUCCUCGUAUCAACUUUGACUUUGCAGGCAGAUUUCUGCCUCCUGUUUACAUCAUAGUCUUCAUGGUUGGUCUGGUAGCUAACGGAUGGGGACUGAAGUCUUUGCUACAGAAAUGGAAGAAACUGGGUAACAUCAAUGUUUUUGUUCUCAACCUUGGACUUGCUGAUAUUUUGUACCUGCUCACUCUCCCAUUUUUGGUGGUGUACCACUUUAUGAAGAGUAAAUGGAUCUUUGGAGACACAUUCUGCAAGAUCACAAGAUUCUGCUUCAACCUGAAUCUCUAUGGCAGCAUCGGGUUCCUCACUUGUAUAAGUGUGUACAGGUACCUGGCUGUUGUCCAUCCAAUGAGAGUGAUGGGAAGAAUAACUGUCACCCACUCUGUGAUCAUCUCAGUCAUGGUUUGGCUGUUGGUGAGUGUUCAAAGCCUUCCAGACAUGUUCUACAUCAAAAGAUACAGCAAGCCAUAUGGAAACAACACUGAGAAAUGUUUCGAUACAACAGAUAACAUCUAUGUUGAGAGUUACCUGAAAUAUACCCUUGGAUGGACAUUCACUGGGUUUUGUAUCCCAUUCCUCAUCACCCUGGGCUGCUAUGGACAUGUGAUUGUUGUUCUCUGCCGCACAAAUACCACUGACAAGGUACUGAAACAGAGAUGCUUGAAGUUGUUGUGCAUCUUGAUUCUUCUCUUCUCUGUUUGUUACAUCCCCUAUCAUGUUUUAAAGAACCUCAACCUCUGGUCAAGAAUACUGUCCAACCAGAAGAUAUGUCAUAAAUGGUCCAAUGGAGUCUACAUUGCUCAUCAGAUAAGCCGCAGCCUUGUGUGUCUGAACAGUGCUCUCAACCCUCUGGUUUACCUCCAUGGCAAUGAGAAUAUUCUUGCUAGUACUAGACAGCUGCUCCAGCAAGCUCGUCAUACAUUCAGCCGUUUGUUUUUUUCAAACUCCGGCAGUGUGCCUGUGCCACAAACUGCAGAUGAAGCUUAACACGAGUUAUGAUUUCAACCUAAACUGUCAAAUGACAAAUAGCUCAAACAGCAUGCAGCUGUCCAUCACAGCUGGUGGAGUGAAUUAACUGCAGUGUGAUUAAAACGGUCAGUCAUUCUCUCACACGUUGCUUUCUUUGCCUGAAGAACAAGUUUCCUGUAGUUACUUUUUAUCUUUUUGUAAGUCAUAAUGCGGUUAACACAUGCUGACAGAUGCUGCAAAUAAAGGGGAAAUUCAGAUAAACUCUUGAUGUGUCAUUGUUUUCUUUUAGAACAGGUUUUUGUAGUGAUGAGGAUCAGAUCAUGUGUUAGGGGGUGGGCCCAGUUGCUUGUAUGGUUUCUGUUCAUUAAAACAGGAACUUGUUAAAGAAAUAUAAGUGUCUUCUUCAUACACUGUAUGCAGGAUUGAAAUUGUUAUUUCUUAAUUGACUUUGACAAGUCUGCAUCAACUGUAUACUUGCUAAGAAAAUGCCAUCUCUCAAACAGUUCUGCAGAUAUCCUUGAAAAUGACAAGAUAAAAGUAAAUAACAGACUUAAUGAGGCAUAGUGUCCGUUCAGGCAGAGCACAAGCGUAUGUUCGUAUUGGCUGAUUGGCAUCAGUUGUUUCAUAUGUAGUAUGUUUCACAACCAUUGGCUCAUGCAAAGCUGUGUGGCUGGAAACUUUCAUCACAUCAUGCAGAUGAACAGUGGAACCAUUAAAUUCCCCUCAUGCCACUGCUGUGUGCUGUUUCAGUUCCUGUAAAUUGCUGUACAUUUUAAGAAACAGUUCACAAAUAUAGUUUGAAAAGGUAUUAUUGAUAACAGUAGCCACUAGAUGUUACACUCCCCCUCCCCCCUCCCCCCUUCAGCUGCAUCAUGUCCAUGUUCUGAGGAGGCUCCGCUCCUUUAACAUCUGCCGGACUAUGCUGAGGAUGUUUUAUGAGUCUGUGGUGGCCAGUGCUAUUCUGUUUGCUGUGGUGUGCUGGGGCAGCAGACUGAGAGUAGCCGAUGCCAGCAGACUCAACAAGCUGAUCAGAAAGGCCAGUGACGUUGUGGGGGUGGAGCUGGACCCUUUGACAGCAGUGUCAGACAGGAGGAUGCUGUCAAAGGUGCGGGCGAUACUUCAGCAUGGCUCUCACCCUCUCCACAACGCUCUGGUCGAACAGAGGAGCACCUUCAGCCAGAGACUGAUUGCUCCUAAAUGCACCACUGAGCGCCACAGGAAGUCAUUCUUACCUGUGGCCAUUAAACUGUACAACUCCUCCCUCUGAUGAUCGGACUCAUUUGGCUAUUUAUAAAACAAAACACACAAUAUAAUUACUCAUUCUUAUUUCAUUUAUAAUGCUACAACCAUUUCAUUGUAUAUUGUAUAUAUUUCAGAUUGUCUACUUUACUAUUUUAUUAUUUAUUUUAUUUUAUUGUCUACUUUAAUUUUUAUUUUAUUCUAUUUUAAUGUCUACUUUAAUAUUUUAUUUUAUUUUAAUGUCUACUUUAAUAUUUUAUUUUAUUUAUUUCAUUGUCUAUUUAAGUAUUUUAUUUAUAUCCUCAUCUUUAUCUCUUGUUUCCAUUCAUGCUGUAUUUCUAUUUCUACUUUGCACGGAGCAUUGGAACAAAAACAA